AAAACACCUUCAACAAUAGUGACGUGCAGAGAGGGCUGAAAUCCGAUAGAACUGUUUCGAAAGGUUAUUUUGUUUAAUUUAUAAUGGAUUAUUAAUAUGAAUUUAGCAAUAAAAGUGUAAAGUUUGUUAUAAUGAAAGUGUAGUCAAGAUACUUAACUGUUUAAUACAAAGUUUACCCAUGAUUUUUAUGUUACAUUUUGUUACCGCGGGAAAACUGUGAAACGUUUGACUAGUAUAAUGGCCGCAAAAGCGCCAAUGCUUUACGUGUUUGCUCUUAUAGUAUGAAAUUUGAGUCCAAAGUAUGCUUCCUCAAUGCUUUAAAUGAGUUAAAAAAAUCAUAAUUGAGAUGGACAUCAACGCUGAGGUCUCCACACAGUUGUCUCUGAUCGAUGUUCUCCUGAGCGACCUUGACAAAACGAUCACACCAUGUGCUAGCAAAAAGAAUGAAAAAAAAGAAGAAGAAACACAGGAUGCCAUGCCAGACUCUACAACCAACACGGAGAAAAAUAAUGCUAAUCCUUUCCAUUGUGGGGACGAUGUACUUGUACCCAACAAAGAUGGACGAUAUUAUUUAGGAACAAUAGUAGAGUUAAGUACCAGCAAUGACAACGACUCGUGCGAGGUGGGCAGCGGGGUUGCGCGUUGCCUGGUUAAGUUCGGGGAUGGCACGCACGCGUGGGCGCCGGUGUCGACGCUGAAGCUGCUGAGCGCGCCGCCCGCCGACGAUGGCCGCAUCAUGUGCGUGGUGUGCAAGCGGCGGGAGGGCCCGGCGCAGGGGCCCGCCACCAACGCCAUCGUCGCCUGCGACAUGUGUGGCCGGGGCUACCACACAAAGUGCCACUCGCCGCCGGUCGAGGCGUGGAUAAACGGUGCAUCAUGGCACUGCAAAAGAUGCGUCGACCAAAGGUACAGGGUGGCCGCGGCGGAGAAUAGGGCGCUCAAGCGGUCUUGCGACAUAUUUAGAUUUAAGGGCGGGCAUCAGCGGCGGCAGCAGCAAGAACUCACACCACCUUGCGAUACUGCAUCAACAACUUCAUCUGCUUCAUUAUCAGAUGAUAAAGAGGAAAAUGAAGAUAACUGUUACUGCCGGAAGAAAAGCGAUUGGCUCGCGCAGAUGUUACAUUGCUGUCGGUGUACGCGAUUGUUUCACCAAAGAUGCGUGUCAUGUUUACAGUAUCCAUUGUAUGCUGGUGACAAAUUGUACAUAUUCGCGUGUGCAGAAUGUAAUGGUGGCACGGAAUUUCUACGGCGACUGGAGCUCUCUUGGUUGGACCUAGCGCAUCUCGCUCUGUAUAAUCUCACUGCAUACAACGCGCCGAAUUAUUUCGACCUAGACGGAGUUAUAAUGCCGUAUAUAAUGGAUAAUUGGCAUGCGCUUCAGUUGUCUGAAAAGAUGUGGCGGACUCCUGUGAACGAACGUCGAGAAAGAAUUUUAACCGCGUUGACAGCGGCUCGUAAACGUUUCAAAUGUGGUCGAGAAAUGAAAAAGCGAGCUACCAUAUGGGGUCUGCGUUGUCGCCGCCCUCCAGUGCCGCCAGUGCAUCUUAAUCUAUUGGAACAGGUUAAGAAAGGAGAACCAUUAACUGAUGCGUUAAUCCAUGAGUAUUCUCCAAAAUUGCGGUUUCUACCGCGAGCGCCUUCGCCAACGCCGCUUCCGGUUGUUGAUGACAGCUUACAACCCUCUAGCAGUAACAAUAACGAAAACAGUUCCUAUAAAAAUCACUGUAUGAUUGUCCCCGUCGAUGGUCAUUGGUUAAAUAUAAUGAUGGGCAAGCGGUUUCAUGAAAACCUAAACUCUAAUUCCAAUUCAGAAAAUGAUUCUACUAGUUCCUAUGAGUCUAUAAAACCUUCGGAAAUCGACGAACAGCCUUCUCCUUCCACUUGCACCUCUACUGCUAGAAACACUGAUGCCAAAGCUGAUAAUUUAGAAAAAAUGACAGAACUGAAUGAAACCAUCACAAAUGAAGCUACAUCAAUUUGUGAUGAAAGUCCUCCUGUGCCAUCCUUUAACAAUUCUUUAGUUCCAUGUUCUGUAAAGUUAGAUAAAAUAUCCAAAGAGAAUAUAGAUGAUACUAGCGUGAGUAAGAGUGACGUCACGAAUGUGAACAUUAACACUCACACCACGAGAAUAGCUACAAUGAACCUAGAAGUAUCUAAGUUGUCUACUAAGAACAUUAUUGAACAUUCCAAAAUAAUGUCCCUGCAACAUAUGGAUAGUCUGCCCUCUUUCACUAGCAACUUUAACCAUGACAUGGAGUCGUCAGGCGACGAAACCUCGAGCAGGGGCACUCUAGACGCUAUUAUACCACCGCUAAAAAAUUUUCAGGGUAAAAAUAAUCCAUUUUUAAUGCAGAAUACAUAUUCAUCAAAGAAACCAUUCUCAUCGUCGGCAAACACAUAUAAUAAGCAAAAUGGAAAACAAAGCCACUACCACUCACGAUUCUCAUUACCUAAUUUAAAUCCUCUAAUGGGUCCUCUGGUGAGGCCGUUAAAGCGCAAGCUUAGCGAAAAGGAUAUCGUAGUGGGCCCAAACGGCGAGGUGAAGAGAAGAAAGUAUAGGAGACCUCGUAAAUAUUUACAGUCACAGCUGAAUAAGUCAUGUCCUCUGCCAGAUGACAACAACAAGCCGAUACAAAACGAAAACGGUGAAGUUGCUGCUCACAGCGGCGAGCACAUCAACAACGUGAAAUUUCACGGUAGAAGACUGAGACAAAGACAAGAGAAAAAUUACUACGAGAAUGCUCGAAGAAAUACGAAUAAUACAACUAGUAAUAAUAACAGCGUAAAAAGUUUACAGCUGAGCCCUCAUAAGGCUAAUAGUACUGCUGCCGAGGUAGACGCGCAGCAGCUGUCGGCGCUCAAGUCUAGCGUGCAGUCGUACUUCCGCGCCGGACAAACCUUCUGUGUGCUCGCGCGCCGGAUAGCGCCCGGCGCCGCGCCCGCCUACCUCAUAGAGUGGGACUCCAACGCAUCCUAAUGUGCGACAACAUGAAUUUAUUUAAAUAUCUAUACAUAUUAUUACUGUAAUAAUAUAUAACUAAGUGCUUGUCUGUAGUCUAGUUGUACAGUAAGAUCAAGGAAUGUGAUAUAUUAUUAUUCCAAUUGGAGUUUGAUAUUUUAUUUAAGAACCCCAUAAACUCUUUUACUUGUA